UUGGUUAGAAGAACACAACAUACAAUUUCAUCAAACAAAAAUACAUAAAAUGAACGCCACAAAGUUUUAUGUGCUUCUCGUGAUUGGCAUUUUGUUUGCCAUUGUCACCGCAAGGCAGGUUGAAGAAGUCUCCAAAGAGAACAAAUUAGGCACUUCAUCUCCGAAAACUGCUACCAAAGGUAUUGGAGCUGAGCUUUCUGUUGAUGUCCGAACUGAUAGCGCCUCUACGGGAACUGGCUUUGCCAGUGUUAGUAAGAGUCCCAAAGGCCCAAGCGCUUUUUCGAGCGGAACUGGCUCCACAACUACCAGCGGAGCUGUCUCUGCUCAGGGUCGCAACGCAAACGCUGCUUCUUCCAGUGGUUCUAACGCUCAAGGCAAUGCUGCAGCUGCAGCAAAUCAAAAUGGUGCUGCUGCCCGUGGAGCCGGUUCUGCAGCUUCAGCUUCCACUGCGAGUGGACGCACCACUGACAAGAAGAAGAAGUAUUAUAAGAAGAAGAAGAAGGACGACAAAGAUAAAAAGGACUGAGCGUGAGGUGAUCUCAUCAUGCUUAUUGCUCAAACCUAUCUUAUAUAUAUAUACUAAAAACUCACAAUCUCUUUUGUAUUCAUAAAUAAAACCAGAGAUUGUCACCUUUAAUUAUUAUCGAAUGCCACUGUGUAAUGUCUAUCUUAUAAAUAAACAGAUGCAAUAAUUACGACCUUAUAUUA